UUUAAUCUUUGUUGGUCCCUUUAUCAGACUGGAAGAGCUGGUGACUUACGUAACGCACCAAGGGUCUUCAGCUGCUUGCUUAUUGGCAGAGCUACCGGGCACAGGAUUCAUGCCUGCAGGCUGCAUCAAAGCUGGCAGGUCAGACCAACCCUCCUGGACCUGUCUGUCUCAAGAUGUAAUCAGCUUUAAUGCAUUUAUAGCGGAUGAAGGCCCUGUAUCAUAAUAUCAGUCACUCUGCAUGGCACUAGUACUGAACAAGGAUGCUUCAGAAAAGUCUCCCUCAGUUGACAUUUGGGCAAGAAAUAAAGUUCCAUCACUACAAUGGGAUGAACAUCCCGUUGUAAUGAUCCACAUGAUGGGAUUCUCCUCUCAAAUUAUUUUACCCAUUUGGAUCAUAGAUGUAAAUGGCAGCUUUAAACCCAGGUCCACAUGGCUGUUGAACAUCCAGAGGUAGUAUGGAGCUGGAAUCUAGGAGUCAGGACUGCGAGGUUCUAUUGUUUUGGUAACAUUCCUUUGUGUUUCGGUUUCUGUAACAUGGGGUUAAUCCAGAUGCAAAGGAGUAAAAUGAGGCUUAAUUCAUAGUACUAUUUUUUUUUAAUUGAACCUUCCUUCUUUUCAACCAAGCAUUUCAAAAUACUCCACAUACAUUUAAGAAAUUAAGUCCCAAACCUCCUGUUGUAGGAAAUUAUUCUCCUGCUUCAGCUGGUAAAAUGAGGCAGAGAGAGAUUAAAUGACUUGUCCAAGGUCACACACCUUGAGUCUGUAGCAAAACCAGGACUAGAACCUAGAAAUCUCAGUUUUAUGCCAUAACCACAUCUGGAACACAUUUUGAGAUCCUUGGAUGGAAGAUGCUAGAGAAACACAAAGUAUUAUUAGAGGAUAAAAAUCCUUGAACUCUGAUCAGUAUGUUACUAACAAAGCUACCCUGGAAAUCCCUUACAACUAUUGCUAUGUACCAUUACCACUGGUAACAGCUGCUCUGAUGGUAGUAGCAAUGGAGGAAAAGGAUAGAGAUAACAGGUUUCUGUAGACAUAGAACUAGUCUAAAUGGCCCAUCAGCUGCCAUCUAUUUAUCUAAGAUACUUAUACAACCACCAUUACAAUAGUUCCACAGUUGGUGGAAGCACUAGUGUAGACAAGAUUCAGAGUUGGCAACUCUUGUGAUUUUAUUGUGCUAUGAUUUGUGGUGUUUAUCUUAAAGCCCCAAGUGUCAGACUCAGGUUAUUACCCGAGAAUUUCAUUGAAAAAGGAGUAACUUUAUAGCCCUCAGGGUUGGGGAGAAAAGCUUGAAAACUCGACCUCUAAAUGUCCCCAAACCAGAAGGCAAGUGCAAAGAAUCCCAAAUGUAUUAGUGUUAAAAUCUCCUAAUUUUUAAACCAGUUUCAUAAUUUGGGGCCUAUCUUGUGAUUUUUUCGAUGUUUGCAUUGGCAAUGGAACCAGACUCCUGACGGCGAUCAGUAUGUUUAACACCAUGUCCUCUAGUCCGGCUCAGAAUCCCAUGGUGUAGAGUAGGGUGACCCCAGACAGUAGGUGUGAAAAAUCAGGACACUUUUGGGGGGGGGGCAGGGAUGUUUACAAUUCCAUAUAUAAGACAAAGCCCCUAAUAGUAGGAUGACUGGUCACCCUAGGGUAGAGAACAUGGGUGACUGCAAAAGUCUGGUCUGCUCCAGACACCAGUGGAGCAGCUCUGGUGGAAAACCAGUGCCCUGCCCACAUGCCCAUGGCGAGUCAGUGGCAGAGCUGGGAAUGGAACCCAGGCGUCCUGACCCCGAUCAGACAAGCCCACCUGCUCUGGGGCAGGUUCGUGCCCCUGCCUACCCAGCUGGCUGCAGUUCGAUGGGACACCAAGAUUUUGCCCAUCACCCAGGUUAGUGACCUUGGCGUGGGAGGGGCUGUUGCGAGCCCUGCCCCUCCCUCCCAGGCCGGGCUCACAGGGGUCUAUGUGAGCGCAGCGGGGAUCCUGCCCUGGCCAUGGAACCUUCUCACUCCGGGCCGGCCCCCAGCUCCCAGGAUACCACCUGCCUAGCAACGAGGGACGCAGCCACUGGGAUGGCAGGGGCAGUGGCACCGCAGGAGGAGCCGGGGCAGAGCAAAGUGCGACUGGAGAUGAAGACAGAGACUAAAGGGCUGUUCCCGACUGCUGUGUCCAAAGGGGAUCUCCAGGAGAGAUCCCUGCGACAGAUCUUCAGGUCCAGCCAGACUCUGCGAGACCUCGAGGACCCCAGCGGAGUGAAGACUCUGACAGCGAUUGUGCAGAACAAGAUACAGGAGCACUGUCAGAGAGGGAAGGCGUUCUUCUCCCAAGGCGAGUGGGAGAAAGCUGUCAUUUGUUAUUCCAAAGCCAUUUACCUAAACCCCCAGCAGGUGGAGUUCUAUGUACAGAAGGCAGAAGCCUUUCUCCAGCUCUGUGAUUUCCAGUCUGCUGUGCUGAACCUCAGAAAGGCGUAUUCCUUGUCCCCUGCAAAGGAAGAAUAUGUAGAGCGCAUGGCCUUCAUUCUUUACCUGCAGGGCCAGUCUCUGUUUGACCAAGAGGUUUAUGGGGAUGCUUUAGAGUCCUUCACUCGAGCCUCAGAACUGCAGCCUGACAACUCAGUCUAUCGCAGGAGGAGCAUUUCCUGUCUUGCUGCCCUAAACAGAUACCAUGACUGUUUUUGGCUCGUCAAUGAAGAGCUAGAUAAGGACUCAAAGAACCCAGAUCUGUACAUCCUGAGAGCCAAGCUGAAUGAGCACUUUAAUCAGGCUAUCUUGUGUUACCAGGACGUCCAGGAGGCCAUUGCACUGGAGCCGCAGCACAAAGAAGCUCAGGUUCAAAUGCAGAGGCUGCUGAAACGAGCACAGAAAGCCAAGAACCAGGCUAUGAAUAAGGCCUUGAAGGGAAACCUGAAGGAUGCCUUGCUGAAAAUCACCUUUGCCAUAGAGAACAGCCCCUUUGAUGCAAGAUACUUAAUCUUCAGAGGGACUCUACACAGAAGGCUCAAAGACUUCAACUCAGCCAUUGAUGAUUACAUCAAGGCCACAGAGCUCUGUGAAGAAGAGGGAGCUGUGGCCAUGGAGGUGCAACGGCAGCUCCUGCUCACGUACAACGACUUUGCAGUGCACUGCUAUACUCAGGGCUUCUUCGAAGAGGCCGUGCUGCUCCUCAACAAAGCCCUGAAAGGGGAGAAGAACGAGAAGGGACUCUAUGUCAACAGAGGAGACUGCCUCUUCCGGCUGGGAGAGCUCACCUUUGCCUUGGCGGAUUAUCAGCAGGCGCUGGAAUUGAGUCCGAUGGACUUUAGUGUGCGAAGACGUGUUGGUAUGUUGCUGGAUGAACUAGGAUUACAGGAGCACAAGCAGGGAAAAUACCAGCAGGCAGUAUACCGUUUCUCUGGUGCUAUUGAGAGCAACCCUCACCUGCCGCACUAUUACCUGCACCGGGCCAAAAGCCGCCUAUUCCUGCAGGAUGUGAUGAGUGCUAAGGAGGAUGUGAUCAUAACUCUGUUGCUGGACCCUGAAAAUGAGGCGCAGGUCCUACCUGUUGUAACCAGCCUCUUUCCAGGACAGCCCAUCCAGGAUAUUAUAAGCAGCAAGAUCGCGGAGGUUGCCAAAACAAUCUUGGAAAGAAAGCUUCAAGCCUGCCCCUACUCCAACAGCCCAGCUAAACUGCAAUGGCCACCCGGAGCUCUAGAGGAUGAACCAAAGGAACCAGGUGCUCAGGGGGAAGAGCCCGAGAGAGCCCUGAUGGAUUCAGAGAGCGUCAUCAGCCCUUGUGCCAUGGAACAUGAACUGUACAAGCAGAUAGCUAUCUCCAGAAGGACAGUGAGUAAAAUAAGUGAAGUGUCGUGCAGCAGAAAAGGUGAGAAGGCAGGAAAAAUCAAAGUACAAAAACUGCUCCAGCUUCAUGUUAGAGACAGCACUUGAGCUGCCUGGGUUACAGACACCAAGCUGUGUUUCAAUGGAAAGUAGGUGCAUUUAGAUUCCUUUCCUGCUAUCUCAGCUCUAAUAAAUAUAUUGCUUCUCUCACUUCA